AGGCCUGGCCAGGACAGGAAAUUAAGGGACGGGCUAACCUUUAAGUGAGGCUUACCCUAAAAACUGAGCCACAUAUGACAGAAAGUUCAGGAAAGAUCUUGAAUCAUGGUCCCACUUAGCAACAGUUGCUUGUCUGCCACAGAGAAUCUGGCCACUGUGAUGCAGUGGAGAGGACCCCUGGACCAGGGCCCCUGCCCCAGCUCCACCCCUGCUUGCUGCAUGUUGUUGAACAAGUCCAGUCUCCUGUGAAGCAUGAGUUCUCAUCAGCAGAAGCAACCCUGCAUCCCUCCCCCCCAGCCUCAGCAGCAGGUGAAACAGCCAUGCCAGCCUCCACCCCAGGAGCCAUGUGUCCCCAAAACCAAGGAGCCAUGCCACCCCAAGGCUCCAGAGCCUUGCCACACCAAGAUUCCAGAGCCCUGCCACACCAAGGUUCCAGAGCCCUGCCAGCCCAAGGUUCCAGAGCCAUGUCCCUCAACAGUGACUCCAGUACCAGCUCAGCAGAAGACCAAGCAGAAGUAAUGAGGUCCACAGCCAAACAAGCCCCGGGGGAGCCAACCACCGGAUGCUGAAUCCCCUCUCCCAUUGUCCUUCUGUCUCUUACUUACAAUUAGCAUGUUGUCACUCUGAGUCAUAACCCUCCCUCUUUGCACCCUCUACAGAGAUUUCCCUCACACUCCUCUGGAGGUCUCUGAGCUUCUGAAAGAUGUAGACAGUCUCACUGGUUGAGCUACUCUUGUCUAAAGAGGGGCCUGGGGAUCAAGUGGAUCUUUCCUUCCCUAUCCCUAUUAAACCACUUUUAACUCCAUA